AUGUCAACUGAUAAAGACGUAUCUCAAGUUAUCGAUUGUUCAAGAUUCAGUUCUCUGACAAAAUUAAUUCGUGUAACAGCGUAUGUUCUCAGAUUCAUCCGAUGUCUGCGAUCGAAGGAACACCAUUUGCCAACGAUGAAAGAAUUAAAGGCGUCUGAAAUACGAGAAGCCGAAACCUGCUGGAUAAGGAGUGUCCAAGCCCAGUCCUACGAGCCUGAAAUCCGACAAUUACGAAUUGGUGGAACGACUCCCUUGGUGAAACAAUUGGGAUUGUUUAUCAACGAAGACAAAAUAGUAUGUUGCGAAGGACGAAUCCAACAUUCCAGCGUAUCUGAAGCAGCUAAGCAACCUAUAUUGCUUCCUUCGAAGCAUCAUGUCACUAAUCUAAUCAUUCGAGCAAGACACGAAAGCGUGCAUCAUGACGGAGUCAGAGAGACUUUAAAUUCUAUAAGAGAGAAGUACUGGAUUCCACGAGGUCGGGAGAUAGUGAAACAAAUCAUAAGAAGAUGUAUUGUGUGUAAGAGAUUCGAAGGAAAGGCGUUCACGAGCAUGAAAGAACCACCCUUACCAGCUUGUCGAGUGAGCGACGAUCCUCCGUUUUCAAAUACUGGCAUAGACUUUGCGGGCUCUCUGUACGUGAAAGACGGUUAUAAACAAAAGACCUAUAUUUGUCCAUAUACAUGUGCCUCAACCAGGGCUAUUCAUCUGGAACUCACCGAAGACCUGUCUGUAGAAUCAUUCCUAUUAUCGUUUCGUCGUUUUACCAGCACGUUUAUUAUCUGACAAUACAAAAACAUUCAAAGCGGCGGCGAAAGAGGUGAAAUUGAUUACAAGGUCGAAUGAAGUACAACGAUAUAUGUCGAUGGAAUGAGUUACAUGGCAGUUUAUAAUCGAAAAAGCUCCAUGGCAAGGAGGAUUUUGGGAAAGGAUGAUCCAAAGUACCAAACGUUGCUUGAAGAAAAACCUUGGUCGUACAUCGCUAACUUUCGAGGAAUUGAGAACGGUUUUGGUGGAGAUCGAAGCAACGCUCAACAAUAGACCACUCACAUAUAUGUACGACGACGAAGAAGGAAUAUCUUAUCCGCUAACUCCAUCUCAACUCAUUUACGGACGGCAGAUUAAUACCUCUCCGAAUGAUAAGCAAUUUGAAAUUGUCAGCACCCAAGAGGCAUUGACCAAGAAAGCGAAAUAUUAGAAAAGAUUACUCGGACAGUUUAUAAAGCGCUGGAAAAAUGAAUAUCUCUUAAGUAUAAGAGAAGGAUCACGUGCUAUACAUGGAAAAGAACGAGAAACAAUUGCAGUCGGAGAUAUUGUGAUUUUAAAGGAAGAUGGAACGCCACGUCUAUUUUGGAAAUUGGCCAAGAUAAAAGAUCUAAUACAAAGCGCUGAUGGAAUAAUACGAGCUGCAAGAAUUCAACUGGUACGUGGUGAUAAAGUAAAGACAACGGAGCUACGUAGGCCCAUACAACAUUUAAUUCCAUUGGAAUUGCAUAUGGAACCCGAAUUACCGAGCCCAACUGACGAAGAAGUUUCUACUGCGUCACCACCAGCUAUCGAGACAACGACGAAAGGUCGACCGAGACGAACAGCUGCAGUUAUUGGAGAACUUCUACGUAAAGGACAAUAA